AGCCUGGCUGCUGCUGCUGCACAACAGCGAAAAAAGAAGCUGAAAUAAAUUUGCAUAAAUAUUUCACUUGCCAGUUUUUGCUGCCAACCACAUCCGCGUUUUAUAGAUUGAGCCUGGCCAAGAUAUCCCCAGUGUGUGAGUGUGGAAUCGCGUGUGUUUUUGUGGCCUUACUUCUGCAAGCUGCGAUCACAAGGAGGAGAUUCUGGGAGAGAUUCCGAUUUCAAUUCCAAGCAAAGAGCCGUCAAAAUCGUAUUUGCCCUGCCGCAGUGCUCUACAACUACUACUCAUUGGCAUUUCCUGCGCGCACACAGUCUUCCUGCUCCGCUGAGGCAGCCAAACAUACCCAUCACUUGCAACUAACCAGUAUCUGGUUUUCAAAGGCGCUACUCUGGCGCUUCAGGCUCAGCAAAUGAUCGGCACCGAGGAUAUGUCCGCAGCGGCUGGCAUGGACAUCAGCGAGUCCUUUCGUGCCGAGGAUCUCACGAAGGCGGACUUCUUUGACUUUGUGACCGGACCGGACAUGGGCAUCGGCAUAGGAGUGGGUGUGGGCGUGGAGUCGUUGGGCGUCAGUCUGCAUCAGCAGCACCACCAGAACCACCAACAGCCGCCCCACAGUCAUAACGGCCACAACAACAACAAUAAUAACAACCACGUCCAGGUGGUGCACCAGCCCAUUACGUCGCAAUCGCAACAGCAGAGCCUCUGCGGUGGUGCGAGAACCAACAGCAACAACAUGAUCCACGACGGCGGAGGCGGUGGUGCAGGCGCCGGUGGUGGUGGUGGAGUCGUGGUGCCCGUGGGCAACCGCAACGGCACCAGCAACGGUGGCGAUCCCACGUUACAGGGCUAUGAGUUUUGGCACCAGGACAAGGACAACAGCCGCCUGGACUCCAGCUCGAUAUUCGAGGACCUCGAUCGCUACUGCUGGCAACAGCAGCCGGUCACAACCAGCGCCAGUAAUGGUGGAUCCGCCAGCACCAAUCAGCCCAGUCCCACCUCGCCGCAGUGUCACCUCCAGCAGCAGCAGCAACAGCAGCAGCAACAUCAGCAGCAGCAUCAGCAGUUGCAGCAGCAACAUCAGCAACAGCAGCAGCAGCAACCGAAUGCGAACAGCUCCUCCGCGGCAUCCAGUGGAGCGGGAAGCAGCAGCGACACGAUCAGCAGCCUGGACACCACCGAUGGCCAGAUCUACACCCUGACAGUAUUAAAUGGAGGAGAGCCCUGGCUGAAGCGCUCGGAGGCGGAACAGCUGCCCACAACGCUGGAUCUGGACAGUCUGCUGGGCAGUUUUCCGGGCUACAUUAAAUCGGAGUAUCCCUACGAUGACAGUGGCUUUGGUACGGAUGGCAAGGAUGUGAUCGGCAAUGGAACGGAUGGUCUCAGCAGUAUUUCCCACGCACAAAACCAGGCUCAGCAGGCGCAGCAACAGACGCUGCCCUCGCUGGUCACCGCCAUCUCGUUGGCUGGUGGCAAUGAUUUGGGCCAACAGUUGGCCCAAUUCCAGAAUAACAACAACGACUGGCACAUGGCGGAUCACAAUACGGACACGGAGCAGAGUACGGCGGAAUCGCUGCUGCGGAGCGCGCUGCAGGGAAAGGGCUAUGCAAAGGGUUUGCACAUGCAAAAUGGACUGACCAUGCCGGUGGUCAAGGAUGAGGACAUGCGACGUUUGCUAUUUACCGAUGAGGCAGCCGCUUUGGGUUUUGCGGACUCCACUUUAAGUGCCGCCCAGAUGUUCGACGAGGCCCAGGGCAUCCAUCUAAGUACCCAACAGCAACAGCAGCAGCAGCAACAACAGCAGCAGCAACAGCAGCCACUUAAUGGGAAUGCCAAUAUUCUGGUGGACGACAUGUUCCUAUCGCUGGAGAAUGCCUUCAGCGAUGAUUUCGAGAAGAUCAAGCGCAUCGCCAACGAAGUGCAGCAGUUUUGCAGUGCCGGCUCAGCAGGCACACCAACUCCCGGUGACUAUGUGCCCACCAGUGAUGUGCUAAUGCAAAUCUCACCCAGUCCGGCGGUUACAUCGGCCGGUCAAUUGCAGCCACCGCAACCGUUGAAACCGGAGGUCAGUACCUCCACAUCGCCCACUUCGGCGGUGGUGACUUCCGGCGCCGCCAGCAGCGGCCAUGUCCGCUCCGGCGGCGGUGUUGUCAAGCCGAAGAAGGCGUACAAACGGAGCAGCAGUAAUAACAAUAAUCCCAAUGUGGCCAAUAACAAUCAGAGUAGCGGUGGCAAUCCGCUGAUAGCCGGUGGCAGUGGCAGUGGCAGCUCCUCGUCGAGCGGUAGUGCCAGCAGCAGCAGCAACAGUCCGCCGGCCAAUUCCGGCGGCAGUUCAUCCUCCUCCUCGGGCAGCACACAGCGCAAGGAGCGCUCCCUGCACUACUGCUCCAUUUGCGCGAAGGGAUUCAAGGAUAAGUACUCGGUGAAUGUGCACAUACGCACGCAUACGGGCGAGAAGCCCUUCGCCUGUUCGCUGUGUGGCAAGAGUUUUCGCCAGAAGGCCCACCUGGCCAAGCACUACCAGACGCACAUGACCCAGAAGAACAAUGGCAACAUCAUCAAGGGCGGCUCCGGCAAACACCAGCGAUCGAGUGGUGGAUCCUCGGCAGGAUCGGCCAGUGCCGCGCUCAAUCAGCGGCAGCAACAACUUGUUGGCGGUGUGGUGCCACCUUCGUUGCCCGUGAUGAUCAGCAAUCCCAAUACGCCACCUGGAGGAGUACUGCCACCGGCCAAUGGACUCCUGGCCAAUCGGUAGUGAGCACCGGCAGCGGGGGAGUCAUUACCCCGGCUUUACUAUUUCUUGUUCCUUACUCACAAAAUACAAACAUAGAUACACACACCAACACACAGAGACCAACACAAACAAAAUGAAAAUGUAGAGAAACUAUUACUACUGUUAAUACCUAAAUACUCGUACUCGUACUCGUACUCCCAACUCGAAUUUACGUCAUUGAUGAAUUCCUAUUUCAGCUUUCUGUGCAAUUCCUAUAUGCCAACACAUACACACACACACAGAGACAGACAAACACACUCGAAGCACUUCCAAAUACAAUACUCAACUUAAUGUACAUUUACUCAAAACAAAUUAAAUUUAAAUGUGCCAAAUUUUGAAGAUUUAAAUAACUAAAGUUAAACUAAAGUAUAAAUAGCUAUGCUAGGCGUGUAGAAAUAGAAGUGUAACGAAGCUAAUGAAGCAAUUCCACGAGUGGUGAUAACAAAAAGAGGCCAAACGCUUCCUUGCUAAACGAUAAUGAGAAUUCUUUAAAGAAAUUACCCCCCCCCCCAACUAGAAUAAUUAUCGCCUUCACAUUUUCGAUUAAUAUACCAAGUUUCCAGUUCUACAGAGUCUUCAAGUUGCUCAGCCCGUUGCGUGUUUCCUGUAAAUUGAAAGUAUUUGUUUUACUUAGUUGCUCUGCCCAAAUUAGCAUAAAUUUGUUUGCUAGUGUUAAUGUAUAUAUAAUAAAUAUGCGAGUAAAUAAUGUUAGUAGUAGUAUUUUAUUAGUUGUACAAACAGAGGGAAUGCCAAAUAUUUUGAGGAAGGAACACUGACCUGAGGCACUAAAUUCGAAACGCAUCCUCCGGAGCUCAUCCUACAGCAAUUUCCCGCUCCUUUCUCCUUUCAAGGAUCUCUUUGAACUCUUGGGCCGAGUGUUAGCCAACUUCGAAGGCAUUCAAUAACAAAAUAUUAAGAAAAUAAAAGGUUGGCACAAGCAUUACCAACUAGUACUUACUAUACUAUUACACACCAUAUGUUCAGCAACUCAACUUGCACUUGCCAUUAUUUUUGUAUUUGAUAAAUUUGAUAAACGCAAUAAAAGGCGCAUUACUAAAAGGCGAAAUUCCGUAUAAUUAAAGAUAACACCACAUUCACCCAACUAUCCAACUAGUGUAGUGUUUACGUUAAGCUUAAUGAUAAAUCAGCCGUAGUUAGUGGUUAAUUAAACUGCCAAUUAUUUUGUGAUAGUUUUUAAUGGACAAUAGUUUAGAUUACGCAAGAAAUAUCUUCAAUGGUGUUUGGGUUAUGUAACGUUUUUAACGAUUUGUUAUAAACUGUGUACACUUUGCAAUACGAGUAUUUUCUGCUAAUUUAUUGAACUUCAUAGUUUAUGUACAUAGAGAACGAUCCUUGUUUAUAUCCAAGCCUAGGCUAAGCCACACAUUGAAAUCUUAGUUAAAUCUUUGUUAGUUAUUAUUUAUGCACACACACACUCACUCACACAUUAAACACACAGAUACACACACAACACACGCACACACAUCCAUCUGCAGUUAAGUUUUGCAUUAAUAUUUUUAGUAUU